AUGGCUUUCUCAUCCUCCGAAGUCCUGCCAAAAGACACCAAGUCGGUUGCACGCGACUCCAUCACCGAUGAUGCAUCGCAGCUCAAUCGUUGUGCCUCCGCUCCGGGGGUCGUUGACGAUGUCGUCCAGGUUAUCGACCACAAGGCCGAACGGCGUCUGUGCCGUCGUUUUGACCUACGUCUACUCCCUGUACUCGCCCUGAUGUACCUCUUCAAUGCUCUCGACAAAGGCAACCUCAGUAAUGCCGAAACGGCUGGCAUGAGCGACGACCUCCAUUUCAAACCCGGGCAAUACAACCUUCUCUUGUCAAUCUUCUUCGUGCCCUACGUUAUUUUCGCUCCUCCUUUUGCCAUGCUCGGCAAGCGCUUCAGCCCUGCCCGUGUUUUGCCUGUCCUUAUGUUCUCCUUUGGCUCCUUCACACUGCUCUCCUCGGCCACCUCCAACUUUGGCGGCAUGUUCGCCCUGCGCUGGUUCCUGGGCAUGUCUGAGGCGGCCUUCUUCCCACUUGUCAUCUACUACCUGACCACCUUCUACCGCCGUGGCGAACUGGCUCGACGCCUCGCUAUCUUCUACGCCGCCAGUAACAUUGCCAACGCCUUCGCUGGGCUCAUCGCUUUUGGCGUCUUUCAGAUCAAGAACUCUCCGCUUCCUAACUGGCGCUACCUCUUCAUCCUCGAGGGAUCCGUCACUGUCCUCUUCUCCUGCUUCGCCUUCUGGUACCUCCCUCGAUCUGCCUCCACUGCAUCCUUCCUCAGCCCGGAAGAAAAGCUGCUCGCCCACCACCGUAUCCAAGUCGACAGUUCGGCCAUUGUCAACGAGCCUUUUCGUCUCCGCUCCGCCCUCCGCAUCUUCUCCCACCCUUCAACCUACGCCUUUCUGGCCAUCGAAAUCUGCCUCGGCGUACCCCUCCAAGGCGUCUCCCUGUUCAUGCCCCAAAUCAUCCAACGCCUCGGCUACACCACCGUCAAAACCAACCUCUACACCGUAGCCCCCAACGUCUCCGGCGCCGUCAUGCUCCUCGUCCUCGCCUUUGCCUCCGACGCCACCCGUCUCCGCGCCCCUUUCAUCGUCCUCGGCUUCCUCCUCACUUUCACCGGCUUCAUGAUCUACGCCGCCAUCACCGAUGUCGAACAACAAAUCCAUCUCGCCUACUUUGCCACCUUCAUGAUGACCUGGGGGACCUCCGCUCCGUCGGUCCUUCUCUCCACCUGGUACAACAACAACAUUGCCGACGAGAACAAGCGCGUCCUGUUAACCAGUAUCGGCGUGCCUUUGGCGAACCUGAUGGGUCUGGUGGCGAGUAACGUCUUCCAAGAGAAAGAUAAACCAAAGUAUCUUCCUGCAUUGGUGACUGUAGCUGCAUUCGGUGGUGUCGGUGCUAUUCUGUCGGCGAUGUUGGGCGUGUAUAUGAUGGUGGAUAAUCAGAGGAGGGAUCGCAAGGAGGGAGUGAAAAUGCGUGCGCAGGAUGUACCCACUGAGAGACUAAGAGAUGGACCGAGAGCAGAUGGAUUUAGAUGGUUCUUAUAG